AUGGAUAUGUUUUCAUCUCAUAACUUGUCCUAUAAACUAAGCUCUUUGUCUGGUGACGCAAGUGCUUCUUCUGGUAAUGCACUCAGUACUAUACAAGAUUUUAGUGGCUUGAACAAUGUAGCUUCUAGUCUUUGUACUCACACAGAAACUCAGAAGUCUAAGAAAAGAAGAGGCAUUCCUGGAAAUCCUGAUCCAGAUGCAGAGGUAAUUGCAUUAUCACCAAAGGCACUUCUUGCAACAAACAGAUUCGUUUGUGAGAUAUGCAACAAAGGGUUUCAAAGAGAUCAGAAUCUACAGCUUCACAGGAGAGGCCACAAUCUUCCAUGGAAGCUUAAGCAGAAGAAUAGUAAAGAAAUACAAAGGAAGAAAGUUUAUGUGUGUCCAGAGAUAAACUGUGUUCAUCAUCAUCCAUCUAGGGCUCUUGGUGAUCUUACAGGGAUCAAGAAACACUUUUGUAGGAAACAUGGAGAGAAGAAAUGGAAAUGUGAAAAGUGUUCCAAGUUCUAUGCUGUUCAAUCUGAUUGGAAAGCUCACACUAAGAUCUGUGGUACCAGAGAAUAUAGAUGUGACUGUGGCACUCUUUUCUCGAGGAAAGACAGUUUCAUAACGCAUAGAGCGUUUUGUGAUGCAUUAGCAGAAGAAAGUGCAAGAAUCAUCUCAUCUUCUUCCUCCAAUCUCAGAAACCCUAACCCUAACUUCCAAGAUCGUCACUUUAUGGUCAAUAACUCUUCUUCUUCUUCCUUGCUCUUUACGUCACCUCUUUACGUUGAUCCACCACAUUCCUCCUCUGUCUCCACCUCGGCAGCUCUUUCAGCGACGGCUCUCCUCCAAAAAGCGACCGCUCUCAGCUCCGGGGCUCUCGGCGGCGGAGGACAGACGCGAUCGAUGGGUCAUCACCGGCAUUUGACGACGGUCAACGAGCUUCUUGGUGUUGACCCAGUCAUGAUGACGUCAUCUUCAUCGUCUAAGUACGACCAGUUAGUUGCUGAUGGGUUGACGUCCACGUGGCAGAAAGCUGACCGUUUGACCAGAGACUUUCUUGGACUCACGGGCCAUGGAGUGCACGUUAGCGUUAGACCGGGCGAUAUGAUACAGUACGCAGGUGGAGUGGCGUUUCCUAUGUCAGCGGCGUACGAUACCGAAUCUCAUCAUCACGAGUCGUCGUCGUUUCAGAAGGUUUACGGUUUCGGAUUCUCUGGGCCCAACACUAUGUAA